AUGAGCAUUUCACUUGGACCCUCUGAGCACGGUCAGCCCAAGAAGCCUUGGGCUUGGGUGGCAGCAGCUGCUGUAUAUGGCUUACUGGAAUUGACGGUGGGCGGUCCUGUUGCGUUCUUGGCCAGCAAGGCUCCCGAAGCAGCAUUUCACCCAUCGAGCGCCGUGUGCCCACUGAGUGAGCCGCUUAUUCCUUCUGGCGGUUUCAGGGAUUCCAGCCAGUUUCUGGAAGAAGAUUAUGUGAAGCAGUCCGUUGAUUUCCUUGCUGGUGCUAUCAAAAUUCCAACCCAAUCGUUCGAUGAAAUGGCUAGCGACCCUCUCAAGGAUGAUCGCUUCAACAUAUUUGCAGACCUUCACCAAUAUCUAUUCGAUACAUUUCCACUAACUGCUGAAAAUGUUGAGAAAGUGAAUACUUACGGUCUCUUGUAUACAGUCAAGGGCAGUAGUAGUAGUCUUAAGCCUCUUAUUUUGAUGGCGCACCAAGACGUUGUACCAGUGAAUCCGGAAACAGUCGACCAGUGGGAACACCCACCAUUCUCUGGGUUCUAUGAUGGGGAAUGGAUGUACGGUAGAGGUACAAUUGAUACCAAGAACACUCUCAUAGGUAUUUUGGAGGCUACAGAGAGCCUCUUGGGCCAAGGGUGGCAGCCUGAGCGUACCAUUCUCAUCUCUUUUGGGUUUGAUGAGGAGGUUGAGGGCAAGCGUGGCGCUGGAAAGCUUUCUUCUCAUAUCGAACAACGAUAUGGUAAAAAUUCUAUCGAGGCUAUCGUCGACGAAGGCAGUGGCGUUACCGAAAGCUAUGGCGCUUUGUUCCCACUUGUUUCGACAGCUGAGAAAGGUCUUAUCGAUAUCAAAUACUCCGUCGAGGUUCAAGGUGGUCACUCGUCUAUGCCCCCAGAUCACACCGGAAUUGGAAUUCUUGCCGAUUUGAUCUUGAAGCUCGAGGCCGACCCGUUCAAGCCCUACCUCGAUUCAGAAAGUGUUACUGCUCAAACAUACUCUUGCUUUGCAACUGCGCCCGAAGCAGAUGAUGAAAUUCGUGAGAUUGUAGCUCACCUAGGGGACUCCAAAUACUUGCAGAAGCUGAUUGAUAUUUUGAAUGCCGACCGCGCCACACGUUUCUUUAUUCAAACUAGCCAAGCUGUUGACGUUAUCAGCGGAGGUGUCAAAAUUAACGCACUACCUGAGCACGCUUUCGUCAAAGUGGACCAUCGUGUUUCUGUCGAUGAGACCGUGCAGUCCGUGUGGGACAGGGGCCUACGACAUGCUAAGGGGAUUGCCCAAAAGUACGAUCUUGGGCUUGUAGAGAGUGGGAAAGUAGUUUUCGAUGGUAUGAUGGGCAAUCUCACCAUCGAUGUCUCUGAUUGGACAGAGACAGCACCAAAAUCACCGACCUCGGGCAAAUUCUGGGACAUACUCUCUGGUGUAAACAAGCACGUUUUCAACAGCGUGCUCAAGUACGAUCUACCUGUGAUAACUGCACCAUUGGUAAUGUUUGGAAACACUGACACAGCAAAUUAUUGGAAUCUUACUAGCAGCAUCUAUCGCUACACUCCACUGCAAGAGAGCGAUGGAGCGAAUGCCCACACCGUGAACGAGAAAAUCAGAUUCCGUGGACAUCUCGGUACGGUCAUUUGGUACUAUGAGUUUUUACAAUUCGCCUCAACUAGCUAG